GUGAACAUGGCUUCCAGACAGCAGCUCCUGAGACUGACCGAGGAGACAGUUUGUCCCAUUUGUCUGGACUUCUUCACCGAUCCGGUUACACUGAAAUGUGGACACAACUUCUGCCGCUCCUGUAUCACCCAGAGUUGGGAAAAGAAGGAGAUAAACUCCUGCCCGCAAUGUAGAGAGGUGUUUCCGGAAAGAAACCUCAGGGUAAAUCGGGCCCUAGCGAAUCUGGCCGAGGAGGCUCGGAAAUUACAGCUGGAUCCGAAAGAAACGAAGAGUAAAUCUCACUGUAAGAAACAUCAGAGAGAACUGGAGCUGUUUUGUAAAACUGACAGAAAGUUAGUCUGUGUGAUGUGUGUCACUGCACCGAAGCACAGAGAGCACCGCUUCAUACAGAUUAACGAAGGACUUAAAAUAUACAAGGAACAGGCGAGCAGUCUGCAGACGCACAUCACAUCCGAGUUCACUAAAAUGCACCAGAUACUCACUGAGAAAGAGCAGCGUUUACUCAGAGAUCUCAGGGAAGAAGAGGAGAGGAUUGUAGAACCAAUGGAGAAAACCCUUCGAGAGAUUCAGGAGAAUUUAAAUUCUAUUGAGGAAGAACUCUCAAAGUUACAGAAACAGAUGGAGCAAAAAGACGAGUUGACGUUUCUGAAGGUGAGGGAAGAUAUUGCAGAUUAUUUCAGACGGAUUUUGGACAUGAUGACAACUGUAAAAAUAAUAUGGAAUGUCUUGAUUAGUGAUGAGGUGAAGACACUCUCGGCUGCUGAUGGCUCUCUGUCUCUCGCACAGUUCACUGGCCCUUUACAGUACACAGUCUGGAGAGAAAUGAUACACACUAUUAACCCAGCUCCAGCAUCUCUGACUCUGGAUCCGAACACAGCACAUCCCCGGCUCAUCCUGUCUGAGGACCGGACCAGUGUGAGACUCGGAGACAAACGGCAGCCGCUCCCUGACUCCCCGGAGAGAUUUGAUUCCUGGCCUUUCGUCCUGGGAUUACAGGGAUUCACAUCAGGGAGACAUUACUGGGAGGUGGAGGUGGGGGAGAAGACCUGGUGGUAUCUGGGAGUGGCCCGAGAGUCUGUGAUGAGGAAAGGGGGGACCAUCCUGAGCCCGGAGACUGGAUACUGGAUUGUGAGGCUGUAUCCUGGAUGGGGUUAUUUUGCCGCCACCUCCCCCUCACGGACCCCCCUCUCCCCGAGUGUGAAUCCUCGGAAGAUCGGGGUUUUCCUGGACUAUGAGGGUGGACAGGUGUCAUUUUACAAUGCGGACACCAUGUCCCAUCUCCACACUUUCACCCACACUUUCACUGAGAGGCUCUUUCCCAUCUUCAGUCCGGGAGGGAAUGACGGCGGGAAAAACUCCGCCCCGCUGACAAUCUGCGGGAUUAAAGGGCACUGACAGAUCCAUCCCAUAAUUUCACCCCGUCCCCCUGCCUCCUGCCAGCUGUAAACUGAUGGGGGUCGGUCUCAGUCUGGGGGAGAGAAGGAGGGGGAGAGAAGAAACAAAUAGAAGCUCAAUUGUAGAGAGGGACUGACUGGGUAGAAUGAGCUGUGAGCUGCAGGAACCCGGGGACCUUCCUGCCUGUAAUGUUGCUCCACCGGCGGGAGGUGGCGCUACAUGACGGUGUUGGAGAUGAAUCAGUCAGUGGGUCUCAGACUGGGCUCAGGGGAGUCUUUCCAGGGGGGCACCAAAUCAUUUCACUGCAGGGUCAGUGGAGUCUUUCCGGGGGGAAAUUUAAAUCAUUUCACUGCAGAGUCAGUGUGGUCUUUGCGAGGGGACUAAACAUU